AUGGCAGCAGUAACUGAUGCUGCCGACUACGAUGCCGGCCAAACGUCUGAGAAUGUACCAAGUCCACAGUUUGAUGCUGUGGUUUAUGAUAACUACUACGGCAGACGACUUCCGAAAAGACCUACAGGGACCACAGUAUCUGAAGCCCAAUCUCUCAAGCCAACUUCGGAACAAGACAGAACAGCACCCACAUCCAAGAUCGAAAGCAAGCUGAACAAAGAACGCCCCAUUCCAAUUGGGAAAAGUGCUCCAAAUACGACUGGCAGGCAACAUGUGCAGAUUAGCUGUUUCCACACCAUUUCUCACGACCACACUUAUCGUGAGCUUAACAAUACCGAAGUUGCUCUCUUGAAGGCUGGAAGGAUGCCCACGAAGACAGCGGUUUUCCAGUCGUUUUAUGACUGCAAAGAAAAGUUGGGUUUCGAGGAAUCGCUUGUUUCAUAG